CUAAUGUCUAGGAAGGCAUCUGAAAGUAGCGAAGUGUUUAACAAGCAUGAGGAUUCAGAGGAAGUAAUGAAGCUAGAACAGGACUCUUCAGCAAGUUCAAGUGCAAAUUUAAGCCAAAACUCGCAUGAAUCAAUUAAGAAAGCAAAGCAUAGAGAGGAGAAAUCACUAAUUUUACGGGUUUAUAGCCCAGACAAAGCAAAGAAGUACAUCCGUUCUUCUUCUCUUAGGAAAGCAGAUUUGAAGAAAAGGGUUAAAGAGAUGAAAUAGGUCCUUUGAACGGAAGUCUGGAGGCAAUCAAGUCCAUUCAGAUCGAUGUAAGGUUUAUUUUAAGAACCAGAGAGGCAAGGCUGGAGUAAGAAGGAUCCAGAAGUUCCAGCUCCCUCCUCCUCAAGGUCUUAUUAAUCCCAUGAAGAUUUAUAACCCAAAGGAUCUUGCUAUUCAUGAGAAAUACCAGAAAUGGUCAAGUCGGAUGAAGGAAGCUAGAAACCAGAAUGAUAUCCUGGAAAUCAUCAAUUCUUCUUUCGAGGAAGUAAGACACAAGGAAAAUUCCAAAAUAAAUAAUUCUGUCAUGAAGCCUGCAAACCCUAUGGUAAGCACGGAUAGCCUGAAGCUAACCCCUCGAAGUCCUAAGAUGGCUCGGACUUCUAAGAAUAAGAGCACUCUGGGGUACAUCAAGAGGUCUAAAUUAUCCAAAUUUUCUGGCAACUUUAAUAAUUCCACGAUUUCUAGUAGAAAGUUUAAAGCCUCAAAUUCUGUUGCCAGAGCCCCCAGAAGUGUGGUUCUUAGGGAGAAAGUGCUGAGGCAUAAAUAAGGCGAGUCUAGAGCCGCCAAAAGGAGACCAGCUAGACUGGAAUUCGGAUAUUUCAAUCACUAAUAUUGAAUACAAGCUGGCUGAUGCCCUCCAAUUCUCGAUUGAUCGAAAAGACUCUCCCUUAAAGUCUAUCCAAAAGACCUAUGUCCGUAGGAAAUCUCCAAUGGAGCUGAAGAAGAUGUCUGAGAUCUUGCAGUUGAGGUAUCUGAAGCUCACUGAUUCUUACGGAAAGCUUGAGGCCACUGGUCGCAAGGAGGCCAAACAAAGAUCUCCGAAGAAGUUAAUCAAAUACCAAGAUGAUUCCAAAGGAAUAUUCCAGCAAAAGCUGGAAUUGCUCAAGCAGAAUAUGAAGAAGGAGUACUUCAAGGAGGUGAGCACUGUAAAGGCGAAGAAUGGGUAUAAAGGCACGGACAAGAAGAUACAUGUGCCAAAACCUCCUCUUAACUUCCAGUAUGAGGCUCUGCCUCAGAUUCAUGGUAGCAUAACGCCAAUGGAAAACGAGACCUCGAAGGAAAACAUGUUGAAGAUAUCCGAGAAGGGGUUUACCUUAUCCCUUCCUAACCAUUUGAAAGCAAUGAAGACCUCCUUGGAGAUGGUGGUUGAUGCCCCUAAGAGGCAUGGACAAGGGACUUAGG